UAAGGAGCCGCCGCCAUGCAGCCUCACUCUGCCCUGUACGCCAUGACUGCUAGCCUGGUGACGCCUCGCUGCCUCCUCCUCCUCCUCCUGACAGUGGCGGGAGGAAGCUGGUGCCAGACGCUGCUCCUCGACCCUGAGCCGCGUCCCUGCCGCACCCAGGACAAUGCCACCGCCCGUGCCGUCUUGUCCCAGGGGCGCCGCAACGAGUACCCGGCAGGGGGGGUGCUGAUGCUGCUCGCCAAGAUGCCCGCUGGACUCUUCGGCAGCCUCCAGGUCUUCCUGUGUCCUGACAGCGACGCGGAGGUGGAGUGUGAGGACAGGGUGCCGCUGGAGCUGGCGGACGGCUCUGGCACCAGCUACAGCCUACAGAAGGUUCCUCGCACCGACAGGUACGAGAUCCCGGUCAUCUUGCCCGACGAUAUCACCUGCCCGGCUUGCACUCUGCAGGUGCGUGUGCUGACCCGCGACUGUGCAGACGAGGAGGUAGUGGAGGCGCCCUGCCCGGAGAAGGAGGUCACCUUCUGCUCCGACAUCACCAUCAGGGACAUCAAGGAACAAGAGAAGAGGCUCUUCAGGUUCCUUUUUGGUUUAGUGAAGAAAUUCAUGGGUAAGUAGAAGUACUGGGUCUCACCUGGUCUUCGCACUGCACCCUGUUGUCACGGCGCAGUCCACCAUCACUCCUUCCUGAGAGACCUCGGCGACCUUUGCACUACCUGACCUUGCUCCACGAACUCCCCGUGCUGCUGCUGCUGCUGCUGCUGCUGCUGCUGCAGCUACCGGUGUCGGGUACGAGAGAGGAAAGUGGAAGGACCACGUGGAUGUUUGAGGGCAAGAAACGGACAAAUCUACAUGACACUUGACCUCCGAGUCAUCAACAUUCUGUGGCAGAUUCAUGUACUAAUCCUAGUAAAAAGAAUGCUUAGUCGAAUAAACCACAUGACUUCUCUCA